CCUCCCGCUCCGAGCGUGAGGGCUGCUGGGCCUGAUGACGUGGCCUGGUGCCGUCCGCUCCGGUGAGCCUCCGGGAAAGCCGGCGCCCCCGGAACUGUCCGUGGCCUAGUCCCCACGCACGCGUGCUUGUGAGCCGGGGAUAGCGGCGGCGGCGGCCAUCUGGCCUGCGGAGACCUGACGGGGCCGUUGCCAUGGGGGAGUGACGCGCCCGCGCCCGCUGUUCCGCGGAGCGGAGAGACAUGAGGAGACCCCGCCGCGGGGGUAGUGGCGGCGGCGGCGGCGGCGGCGGCGGCGGCUCCUGAUCCCCGGAAUGGAGGAGAAAUACGGCGGGGACGUGCUAGCCGGCCACGGCGGCAGCGGCCUCGGGCCGGUGGAUGUGCCCAGCGCUCGAUUAACAAAAUAUAUUGUGUUAUUGUGUUUCACUAAAUUUCUGAAGGCUGUUGGACUUUUUGAAUCAUAUGAUCUCCUAAAAGUAGUUCACAUUGUUCAGUUCAUUUUUAUAUUAAAACUUGGGACUGCAUUUUUUAUGGUUUUGUUUCAAAAGCCUUUUUCUUCUGGGAAAAGUAUUACCAAACGCCAGUGGAUCAAAAUAUUUAAACAUGCAGUUGCUGGGUGUAUCAUUUCACUCUUGUGGUUUUUUGGCCUCACGCUUUGUGGACCACUAAGGACCUUGCUGCUAUUCGAGCACAGUGAUAUUGUUGUCAUCUCACUGCUCAGUGUUUUGUUCACUAGUUCUGGAGGAGGACCAGCAAAGACAAGGGGGGCUGCUUUUUUCAUUAUUGCUGUGAUUUGCCUGUUGCUUUUCGACAAUGAUGACCUCAUGGCUAAAAUGGCUGAGCACCCUGAAGGACAUCAUGACAGUGCUCUAACCCACAUGCUUUACACAGCCAUUGCCUUCUUAGGUGUGGCAGAUCACAAGGGUGGAGUAUUGUUGCUAGUACUGGCUUUGUGUUGUAAAGUUGGUUUUCAUACAGCUUCCAGAAAACUCUCUAUAGAUGUUGGUGGAGCCAAACGUCUUCAAGCUUUAUCCCAAAUUGUUUCUGUACUUCUCUUAUGCCCAUGGGUCAUUGUUCUUUCUGUGACAACUGAGAGUAAAGUCGAUUCUUGGUUUUCUCUCAUUAUGCCUUUCUCAACGGUUAUUUUUUUUGUCAUGAUCCUGGAUUUCUAUGUCGAGUCCAUUUGUUCAGUCAAAAUGGAAGUUUCCAAAUGUGCCCGCUAUGGAUCCUUUCCCAUUUUUAUCAGCGCUCUACUGUUUGGAAAGUUUUGGACACAUCCGAUAGCAGGCCAGCUCCGGGCUGUGGACAGAGCAGCACGCCAGGAGGGCACGGAGCACGUGCUUUCUGGAGGAGUGGUGGUCAGCGCUGUGUUCUUCACCUUAUCUGCCAACAUCUUAUCAUCUCCUUCUAAGAGAGGACAGAAAGGUACCCUCAUUGGAUAUUCUCCUGAAGGAACACCUCUCUAUAACUUCAUGGGUGACGCUUUUCAGCAUAGUUCCCAGUCCAUCCCUAGGUUUAUUAAGGAAUCACUAAAACAAAUUCUUGAGGAAAAUGACUCUAGGCAGAUCUUUUACUUCUUGUGUUUGAAUCUGCUUUUUACCUUUGUGGAAUUAUUCUACGGCGUGUUGACCAAUAGUCUGGGUCUGAUCUCAGAUGGAUUUCACAUGCUUUUUGACUGCUCUGCUUUGGUCAUGGGACUUUUUGCAGCCCUGAUGAGCAGAUGGAAAGCAACUCGGAUUUUCUCCUAUGGGUAUGGCCGAAUAGAAAUUCUCUCUGGAUUUAUUAACGGGCUUUUUCUAGUGGUAAUAGCUUUCUUUGUGUUUAUGGAGUCGGUGGCUAGGUUAAUUGAUCCUCCGGAAUUAGACACACACAUGUUAACACCAGUCUCAGUUGGAGGGCUGAUAGUAAACCUUAUUGGUAUCUGUGCCUUUAGCCAUGCCCAUAACCAUAGCCAUGGAGCUUCUCAAGGAAGCUGUCACUCGUCUGAUCACAGCCAUUCACACCAUGUGCACGGACACAGUGACCAUGGGCACGGUCACGGCCACAGCCACGGAUCUGCUGGCAGAGGCAUGAACGCUAAUAUGAGGGGUGUAUUUCUGCACGUUUUGGCAGACACGCUCGGCAGUAUUGGUGUGAUCGUAUCCACCAUUCUUAUAGAGCAGUUUGGAUGGUUCAUUGCUGAUCCCCUCUGUUCUCUUUUUAUUGCUGUAUUAAUAUUUCUCAGUGUUGUCCCACUGAUUAAAGAUGCCUGUCAGGUUCUACUUCUGAGGCUGCCACCAGAGUAUGAAAAAGAGCUACAUAUUGCCUUAGAAAAGCUACAGAAAAUUGAAGGAUUGAUAUCAUACCGAGACCCACAUUUUUGGCGUCAUUCUGCCAGUAUUGUGGCAGGAACAAUUCAUAUACAGGUGACAUCUGAUGUGCUGGAGCAAAGAAUAGUACAGCAGGUUACAGGAAUACUUAAAGAUGCUGGAGUAAACAAUUUAACGAUUCAAGUAGAAAAAGAAGCAUACUUCCAACAUAUGUCUGGCUUGAGUACUGGAUUUCAUGAUGUUCUGACUAUGACAAAACAAAUGGAGUCCAUGAAAUACUAUAAAGAUGGUACUUACAUCAUGUGAGAUGACUUGGGAAUUACUGCUGGGGUUUGAACAAUGAAGAUUAAGAGGCCGGGUAUUUAUAAUACCACCAGAAGGAAGAAAAUUGCACAUAAUUGUACAGAAACAUUUUGUUGCUUUUGAAAAAAUUUUUAAAGCUCCCUAAAGUUGGAUCAAGGAAUCUUUCUUAAAGGAAAUUUAAAUACAGAAUGAAGCAUUAAUUGUACAAGUGAAAUAAUUGUUGAAAUUAUGUGUAAAAUAGCAAACUUGAAAUUUGAGUGAAUGUGAUGUAAUAUCACAUCAUCGUCAAAAAUGAGCAUACAAUGAUGGAUUCAAGUGAAGACCAAGAUUACUUCUGUGUGUUUACUUUCCGCCAGAAAGCAUCUCCACUGUAAAUAAUGUAUGUAACAUGUUUAUUACGAAGACCCAAAUGAAAAAAAUUUAGUCACUUUUUUGCAUAGCCCUAGGAUAAAAUAGGAAUAAAAGAUCUAUAUUUAUGGACUUUCUGUAUAUAAAACUGGUUUCUAAUUAUAACUUAAAUCCAUUAAGUAAAACCUUUUUUGCCACUUUAAAUGUAAACUGAAUUACUUGGGAGAGGCCUCAGCCACUGACAGGAGGCAGCAGUGGGGGCGUGAAGGACAGCAUGACAGAUUCUGAUGCAUUACAGAAGCCAACCACUCUGUGAAAUACAUUUCUUUUUACUUUUGGUAAUAUUUGCAAAUGAAUAAUUGCUUUAUUGGGGUAAAGAACUUAGACUAAGUUGUGUCCAUGUUAUUCACUCACUUGUCUUCUUCUAAAGUAGAAUAUUCCACUUCCUGUUAUGCAUCUGGCAUUCCAAGUUGCUUAUUAAGCUGGUAUCCAAGCAAUGCUAGGCUUUUCAUCUUUUCAUUUAGCUCCAUAUACUGUGGAAGAGCCAGUGGAGAGAGUCAUAGAUAACUGUCAACUCAGAGUUGAAUUUUCUGCCUAAAAAUGUAACUUAAAAAAAAAAAAUCUGAAACAUGUCGCUAUAAGAGAAAUAUCAAAGAAUUAGGUGGUUAUUUUAAAGUUUAAUAAGUAAAUCUUGUUCAUAAACCCUUGGGCACUAUGAAAUCAAAAUACCCUUAAGUACUUUCUGUAGUAAUAUCUAAUUUAUAUUUUUUCAUUUCCGAUUGAAACUGAAUGUAUAGUCUGAAAAGACUGUAUGAUAAAUAGAUACAUAAUAAUAUAUGCAGUUCUAUGAACACCAAAGAAUGUUGUCCAAAAGAAACUUUUGAAUACCUAUUUAUAAGCAUCUGAAUAUUUUCACUCUUAUACUAGGAAUUUUGACGAGUAGGAUGAAUUAAUUUUAGUAUGGGUACUAUUUUCUUAUCUAUACCAUAAUGGCAAACAUGUAUUGUAAAUCAUAUUUUUGUCUUACAAAUUUUAAUAUGUGAGAGAGAGGUUUUAGAAAUUUGUUAUAAGUUAUUUUGAUAUUCCUUGUCUUCUCUUUACACAUUUUCUGGUCCAGAAUCUUCAAUACAUAUUAAAAUUUUGGAAUGGUGGGAAAAUAAUUGCAUAUGAAUGUUUUAAUGUAAUUUUUAUACAUUAAAAAAUUUUAAGAAGAUAGGUA